UUUGAUUCUUUAAAUGUCUGAAAUGUUUGCAUGUCUGUUGCUUUGUGCCAUUAAACUGGUGUUAAUUUUUAUUUGUCUUUUUGCCUUAGAUCUGAUGCCGCUGAAAGAGGAGCAUGAAGUACUAAAUGAAAGGGAAGAGAACGAUCAGUUUAAGAGUCAUAGUUUCAUAACUGGAGAAAAAUCUUUCGGGAGCUCACAGACUGAAAAGAUACGAAAAAAAGCUCAGAAGACUAGAGGUCAUUUCACCUGCUCUCAGUGUGGAAAGAGUUUCAGUCAACCUGAUCACCUUAGAGCCCACAUGGAAAUUCACACUGGAGAGAAGCCUUACACCUGCCAACAGUGUGGAAAGAGUUUCGCUCAAAAUAGAAACCUUAGGAUCCACAUGGGAAUUCACACUGGAGAGAAGCGUUUCGCCUGCCAACAGUGUGGAAAGAGUUUUGUUCAGAAUAGAAACCUUAAACAGCACAUGACUGUUCACAGUGGGGAGAAGCCUUUCACAUGCCAGCAGUGUGAAAAGAGCUUUAAAACAGAACGGAACCUCAUAUAUCACACUCGCACUCACACUGGAGAGAGGCCGUAUAAAUGUGAUCAGUGUGGAAAGAGUUUCAAACAUAAAAUAAGCCUUAAUAACCACUUGAAGGUUCACUCGGGAGAGAGCCAUUUUGCAUGUCAACAGUGUGGAAAAAGUUUCACUGAGAAAGGAAACCUCAAAACCCACACGAGACAUCACACUGGAGAGAAGCCUUUCACUUGCACUCAGUGCGGAGAUAGUUUCACAUAUAAAAGAGCUCUCGACUCCCACAUGAUAAGUCACACUGGCAAGAGCCCUUUCACCUGCAAACAGUGCGGGAAGGUCUUCACAAACAAAAUCAGCCUUAAGUAUCACAUGCACAAGCACACCGGAGAGAAGUCGCUCACCUGCGAUCAGUGUGGAAAGAGUUUCAGACGUAAAGAAACCCUUAACAGACACACGAGGAUUCACACGAAAGAGAACUGUUUUAUAUGUCACGAGUGCGGAAUGACUUUCCAUAAAAUGAUUCGCUUCAAGAUGCAUAGGAAAACUCACUUCCGAGUGGAACCUCUCAAAUGCCACCUGUGCGGAAGGAUUUUCCGAUUCAUUAAAACCUUUCAGAAUCACAAGAGGCUUCACAUCGGAGAGAAGCCUUUCCAGUGCCAUCAGUGUGAACGGAGCUUUGCGUAUCGGCGAUGCCUGAAACGCCAUUUGCAAACACAUUGUGGAAAGAAACUGCAGUGCUCUGAGUGUGACAAGAGCUUCAGAAAAAGGAGCAAUUUCAACAAUCAUCUGCGCUUUCACUCUGGACAAAGGCCAUACACAUGUGAUCAGU